AUGGACACGAGCAAGCUCAAGCCCAACGACCCGCGGGUCACCAGCCACUACGAGACCAUCCGCGGCAAAAAGUACCACUACAUCGUGGGCGAGCCGCAGGGCGCCAAGGUCGGCACUAUGCUGCUGGUGCACGGCUUCCCGGACAUGGGCUUCGGCUGGCGCGCGCAGGUGCCCUUCUUCAUGUCCCGGGGCUACCAGGUCAUCGUCCCGGACAACGUCGGCUACGCGCGGACCGACGCGCCGGCCGACCUAGCCGAGUACACCUUCAAGAGCACCACUGCGGACCUGGCAGAGCUGGCGCGCAAGUACGUCGGCGCCGACGGCCAGAUCGUGCUCGGCGGCCACGACUGGGGCGGCCUCGUCGCGUGGCGCAUGGUGGACCGGUACCCGGAGCUGAUCCGCCGCGCGUUCGUCGUCUGCACGCCGUACAUCCGCGCGAGCGCCAAGUACACGGCCCUCGAGGACCUCAUCCAGGCCGGCAUCCUGACCAACUUCAAGUACCAGCUGCAGCUCGGCGGGCCCGAGGUCGAGGCGCGCCUGCAGGGCCGCGAGGCCAUCCGCAAGCUGCUCAACGCCAUGUACGGCGGCCAGGGCCCCAACGGCGAGCUUGGCUUCCGCGUGAGCUCGGGCGUCGUGUUCGAGAACCUCGACGGCCUGGGCCCGUCGCCGCUGCUGUCGGCCGAGGAGCUCGACUUCUACGCGGAUGAGUACGCGCGCCAGCAGGCGCCGGAGCUGCGCGGGCCGCUCAACUGGUACCGCACGCGCCCGCUCAACUUCGAGGCGGACAAAGAGCUGGCCGAGCAGCAGCAGCAGAGCAAGGUGGCGGUGCCGUCGCUGUUCAUCGCCGCGAGCAGGGACGCGGCGCUGCCGCCGGCCAUGUCGCAGUCUAUGGAAGCGCAGUUUGAGGACCUGACGAGGGCAGAGGUGGACGCGAGCCACUGGGCGCUGGUGGAGAAGGCGGACGAGGUGAAUGGCAUCGUGAGCGAGUGGCUGGAUAAGAAGACGACGACGUCCAAGGCAUCGCUUUAA